CAAAAGUUUACAACGAAGAUAGUCGAUAUGAUGAAAGCAGAAAGGUUAUACGAGUCUCAGGGUGGUCCAAUAAUUCUAUCUCAGAUUGAAAAUGAAUAUGGACCUAUGCAGUAUGAAAUUGGUGCUCCUGGUAAGGCCUAUUGUGAUUCCAAUAUAAAUUUUUUGCAGAUUAACACUUGCAACGGCUUCUAUUGUGAUUAUUUCUCUCCAAAUAAGGCUUACAAACCAAAGAUGUGGACAGAAGCUUGGACUGGCUGGUUUACUGAGUUCGGAGGUCCAGUUCCUCAUAGACCUGCUGAGGACAUGGCAUUUUCAGUUGCACGGUUUAUACAGAAAGGGGGAUCAUUUGUCAACUAUUACAUGUAUCAUGGGGGAACUAAUUUUGGUCGAACUGCUGGUGGUCCAUUCAUUGCUACCAGCUACAAUUAUGAUACACCUAUUAAUGAAUAUGUGUUGUCAUCAAUCCCAAUGAAGGAUUCUUGAGGAAUGGAAAGAAUCCUGUUCUUGCAGUAUUAUCUGCUGGGCAUGCUAUGCAUGUUUUUAUCAAUAGUCAGCUGUCAGGGUAGACUCUCCAAUGGACAAGUGAUUGCAGUCAAAAGGUUGUGAAGAGAUUCUGGC